AUGCCCACAUCCAUCGAAGAUGCGAAUGGUUCUGAAACCCCCAACAACAAGAUGAAUGACCACACCUAUGGCCAUGUUUAUGAAAACGGACCAUCGCUUGAUGGCUCACAUCAAAUCAAUGACAAAGAAGCUUCUGGCGGUGGGGUUCACCUCCCAGAAUUUGCUUCCCAGGAGCCUAUCGCCAUAUGUGGUAUGUCAGUGCGUCUCCCUGGAGGCCUGCACUGUCCACAACAAAUGUGGAAUUUCUUGAUAUCCAAGAGCGAUGCCCGCGGCCCAGUCCCAAAGUCUAGAUACAAUGCUUCCGCCUACUACUCCGAAACGUCGAAGCCUAACAGUAUCAAAACUGAGUAUGGAUACUUCCUUGACGAAAGCAUUGAUCUUGCUACUGUCGACACAUCGUUCUUCGCAAUGGGAAAAUCGGAGGUUGAACGCACGGAUCCACAACAACGGCAAAUGCUGGAGGUUGCCAGAGAGUGCAUGGAAGAUGCUGGUGAAACCAACUGGAAAGGAAAACCGAUCGGCUGCUAUAUGGGCAGCUUCGGUGAAGACUGGGUGGAGAUGUUUGCCAAAGAAAACCAGCAUCAAGGUUCGUACCGUGUAACUGGAUACGGAGAUUUCAUGCUGCCUAACCGGGUCUCUUAUGAGAUGGACCUGUCUGGGCCUAGUAUGAUCGUUCGUACUGGCUGCUCGGCUGCCCUUGUGGCACUACACGAAGCAUGCCUGGCAGUCUCCAGGGGUGACUGUGAAGGCGCUAUUGUGGGCGGUGCCAACUUGAUAAUGGCUCCAGGCAUGACAGUCGCUAUGACAGAUCAAGGUGUUCUUGCACCUGAUGGCUGCUGCAAGACCUUCUCUGCUGCUGCCAAUGGCUAUGCUCGAGGAGAGGCGGUUUCCGCUGUCUUCAUCAAACCCCUAAUCGAUGCCGUUCGUGAUGGCAACCCCGUCCGUGCUGUUAUCCGGGCAACGGCAUCUAACAACGACGGAAAAGGGACUGCUGCUGGUAUUCAAGUUCCAAAUGACGUUUCCCAAGAGACCAUGAUAAGGCAUGCCUAUAAACUAGCAGGAAUUACGGAUUACUCUGAAACCGCGUUCGUCGAGUGCCAUGGUACAGGCACAGCGGUCGGAGAUCCAAUCGAAGCCAGAGCAGUCGGUCGUGUCUUUGGCCCUUAUGGUGGCGUCCAAAUUGGGUCCGUCAAACCCAAUCUUGGACACUCCGAAGGAGCUUCAGGCCUCACAUCGCUGAUCAAGUCAGUAUUGGCCCUUGAAAAUCGGAUCAUUCCUCCAAACAUCAAGUUCACCAACCCCAACCCCGACAUCCCGUGGGACUCCUAUGGACUUUCUGUUCCCACAGAACCGAUGCCCUGGCCCAAGAGUCGGAGAGAGCGCAUCAGUGUGAACUCCUUCGGUAUUGGGGGUACCAAUGCCCAUGUUAUCCUCGACUCCGCUCAAAGCUUCAGCGUAUCACCAGUUCCCGAGCGGCCUACGACGUCACCCCAACUGCUUGUUUAUUCGGCCAAUACUGCCAAAUCACUAGAGGCGAUGAUUGCAGGCUAUAAAUCUUACAUCCAGAAAAACCCUGCCAGGGUCUGUGACCUGGCAUUCACCCUUGGUAAUAGAAGAGAACACUUACCUUAUCGGGCAUUUGCUGUAAAAGGCCUACUUGGUACACUCACGACUUCGUCUCCCUUGAAAUCCGGCGCAACACCGAGCAUCGUUAUGGUAUUCACAGGUCAAGGUGCUCAAUGGCCCCAAAUGGGUGGCCAUUUGAUCCGAAGCUCUUUCUAUCCUCUGUUCAAGAAGAGCAUCCAAUCCCUCGAUGCACAUCUGCAAACCCUCAAGCAUGCUCCGGAAUGGAACAUUGAAGAAGAGCUACUUAAGGCCGCUGAUACUAGCAGACUCAACUCAGCUGAGCUGUCUCAGCCUCUCUGCACGGCAAUCCAAGUUGCCCUAGUCGACACUUUUGCCUCUGUUGGUGUUCAGCCCACAGCUGUCGUGGGUCACUCUAGUGGCGAAAUAGCUGCUGCAUAUGCUGCUGGGGCCAUCACGGCUAAUGAAGCCAUCACGAUUGCGUUUUACCGUGGCCUGGUUACCAAUACGCAAGCCAAGCCUGGGGCUAUGGCAGCUAUUGGCAUGGGCUCUGAUGAUGUCAAGAGAUAUCUACAACCCGGGGUAAUUGUUGCUUGCGAAAAUUCACCCAAAAGUAUAACUCUCGCUGGUGACGCAGAAGCAGUUGAGGCUGUGAUUUCCAGGAUCAAAGAGGCCAGCCCUAAUAUCCUAGCAAGAAAGUUGCAUGUCAACAAAGCGUACCACUCUCACCACAUGGUUGAAAUAGGUGCCGACUACCAUGCCCUCAUUGAACAUGAAGUGUCUGCCAAAAGCCCGAAAAGGUUGUUCUUCAGCAGUGUUGAGAGCAAACUCCUCACCAAAGAUUCGAGCUUCAGUCCCAAAUACUGGCAGAAAAAUUUGGAGUCUCCGGUACUUUUCAGCUCAACCGUCUCAUCCAUUCUCCAGCACGAAAUUGCAAAGAAUAUGGUCUUCCUAGAGGUAGGCCCUCACUCAGCACUUGCGGGUCCCAUACGGCAAAUCCAGACCCAGUUUUCCAGCUCUUCCCCAUAUCUUUCUGCACUUAUCCGCAACCAGAAUGAUGUUGAAUCAUUCCUAACGGCCAUCGGGGGCCUACAUGUUCUGAAUGCCACUCUAGAGCUACAAAAAGUUAUUAGCCAGGGCUCUACUCUGCCGGACCUCCCAAGAUACCCAUGGGACCACUCGAACAAAUUCUGGUACGAGUCUAGGCUGAGCAAGGAGUGGCGACAUCGCGAGCAUAAGUAUCACGAUCUUCUAGGUAUUCGGGUUGCGGAGAGUCACGAUUUUAACGUUACGUUCCGGAAUGUCUUCCAUUUGACCAACGCCCCCUGGAUGCGUGACCAUAAGGUCGGCGACGAUAUUGUCUUCCCUUUUGCCGGCUACGCUGCGAUGGUUGGCGAGGCUCACUGCCUUGUCCUGAACGAAGGUCAGCCAGUUGAAUUAAUGACCACGUUGCAUCGUAAUCGCUUGACGGACUCCCUCGACAGCGAAUGGUGGGAAUUCACUGUCGCAUCCCACAAUGGAACUGUUUGGACGAAGCACUGUGUCGGCCAGGCUAGAUCAUAUAGUGAAGCCUUUGGAGAUGCUAAGAAGAAGAACCCUCUCUUGCGUAAGGUCAAUACCCGCCGUUGCUAUAAAUCCAUGGCCAGGUCUGGCCUCAACUUCGGCCCCUCAUUCCAGCGUCUGGGUGAUGUCCGGUCCGACACUACUACGCAGAAGGCGACGUCUGAAGUUGCUGUUAAGGAGACUGAUGGCAAGGACUACCAUCUGCACCCGACGGUCAUUGAUGCCUCACUGCAGCUGCUCAGUGUUGCUGCGUCAAAGGGGUAUGUUGAUCUCACGACAAAAAUGAUGGUCCCCACCCAUAUUGAAGAGAUUUGUAUAUACCGCUGCUAUAGUGAUGUCCAAGUCCGAGCCUCCGCCCAUCACACACCAAAUGGCUCCAUCGUUGGUCGUGGGGAGUGUGUAUCUGCUGACGGGAAGCUGGUCUUGUACAGCUCUGGAAUCAGGCUCUCUGUCUUGGAUGAUCAGGACUCCGGCAAAUCUCAGGACGCCACUGCGCGCACAAAAUGGGGUCCUCAUAUAGAUUUCCUGGAUGCCAGCACUCUUAUCAAACCUUUGAUAGACCGCAGCGACCAUAUGCCCAUCCUAACAGAGCUGUCUAACUUAUGCAUGAUUCACACUCAGCGUGUUAUUGCAGGAUUGAACACUUCAAUCAGCCAUAUGCACAAAUACCGAGCAUGGAUCGAUCGCCACCUCCAGUCUCCUAUUCUCCAAAGACUUCAUCACCUUGACAAUGCCGCUAUUGAGCAGCGAGUGAAGUGCAUUGUCCGCAAAUUGUCCCUUACUCAGAGCUGUGAUAGCGCUGUCGCUAUUCAGAAAGUUUUCAGCAAUGCCGAAAAGAUAUUUACUGGCGAAGUGGAUGCGCUGGAGGUUCUCAUGUCGGAUGAUACAUUGACCAAAUUAUAUGUUUCCAUGGAAUUGUGCGAUGAAUCGCUCUUCUUCAAGCAUCUGACUCACAGCAAGCCUAACCUCCGUGUUUUAGAGAUUGGUGCCGGAACAGGCGGUUCUACUGCUAACAUUCUGAAGAUGUUGGCACCUGGAAAGGAAAUCCUAUACUCGCAGUACACAUUUACUGAUAUUUCACCUGGAUUCUUCGUUGCUGCCAAGGAACGCUUCAGUGCGCACCCAAACAUGGAAUACACUACUCUUGACAUCAGCAAGGAUCCCGCAGAGCAGGGUUUUGAUGGUCAUGAAUACGAUCUGAUUCUCGCAGCUAAUGUUAUUCAUACAACAAGGUCUCUCUGUGAGAGUUUGAGCAAUGUCCGUAAACUUCUCGCGCCCAACGGUCGGCUCCUGCUUCACGACAUGACACCAACUUCCAAAUGGCCCAACUACGUUUGGGGAACUCUACCGGGCUGGUGGUAUGGUGAGCCCGAUGGUCGGCCUGAUGAACCUUACGUCGAUGCCGAACGUUGGGUAAGAGAGUUGAAGGCAGCAGGGUUCCGCACUCCUGAUGCUGUGGUUCAUGAUUCAGCAGAGCCAAAUCAGCUGAACACCAUGAUUGUGGCCAGGCCAACAGCAAUGAAGGAGGUUCCUAAAAAACGAGUCACGCUCCUGACACUCGCUGAGUCAGAUUCUGUCAGCCCAAUGCUUCAGGUCCUGGAGAGCAGGGGGUAUACCAUUCAUCAUUGCGAGUUGCAGGAUAUGCCAUUGCCUACUGGCCAGGAUGUCAUCGCCUUGCUUGACGAUGAAGGCCCCUUUUUUGAGAAUAUGGAUGACCAGCGCUUCGAACUUUUCAAAAAUUUGGUGCAAAACUUGAAGGAAUGUGGUAUUCUCUGGGUGACUGGCCUUUCACAGAUCCAAUGCCAUGACCCUAAAUUUGGCCAGAUCAAUGGUAUUGCCAGGACCAUUCGUUGCGAAAUGGUAGUCGAUUUUGCUACCUGCGAGGUCGACCAUGUGGCUUCCUCUCUAGACAACAUCAUUGAAGUAUUUGAGAAGUUCCAGAGUCGCCAAGAAGACCGAAUCCUCGAGCCUGAGUUUGAAUACGCAAUUGUCAAAAACAUUGUCCACGUUGGACGUCUGAAUCCAUUCUCGGUGCAAGAUGAGCUUCUGACAUCCGCUCUGACUGACAAAAUUACGCUUUGCACUAGCAAGCCUGGCCGUCUUGAUGCUUUACACUGGGCUCGGCAAGAGACCGGAUCGCUGAAUGGCGAUAAUGUCGAGAUAGAAACAUAUGCCGCUGGCUUGAACUUCAGAGAUGUUUUGUGUGCCAUGGGCAUCGUUGAAGCUCCAAAAAAUAAAUUCGGCUAUGAAGCCGCCGGGAUUGUCCGCUGCACUGGGCCAAAGGUUAAAGAUAUCAAGGUCGGCGACCGCGUUAUGUUCAUUACGCGUGCUGCCUUCGGGACGCAGGUGGUCGUAUCUGAGGAUCUUUGUGAACCCAUUCCCAGUGGCUUGAGCUUUGAGGACGCAGCUGCCAUGCCUUGCGUGUUCGCUACGUCGAUCUACUCUCUCUUCAAUAUUGGAAAUCUAAAGAAAGGACAGUCCGUUCUUAUUCAUAGUGCGUGCGGUGGGGUUGGUCUUUCUGCUAUCCAACUUGCCCAGAUGGUUGGCGCCGAGAUAUAUACUAGCGUCGGUAGUGAAGAGAAGGUCAAGUAUCUUAUGGGGACUUUUGGACUUCCCAGAAACCGGAUCUUCAACUCUCGUAACAUCUCUUUCGUUGCAGACAUCAUGCGAGAGACCAACGGCGAAGGUGUUGAUUUGGCACUAAAUUCUUUGUCUGGCGAGUUGUUGCAUGCGACAUGGAAGUGCGUUGCAGCUUUUGGCAAGAUGGUCGAGAUUGGCAAGCGAGACUUGGAAGGUUCUGGAAAGCUCGACAUGAGUGCUUUCUUGGCCAAUCGCAGCUACUGCUGCCUUGACUUGGAUCAAAUUUGCUUCACGAGGCCGACCAUUGCAAAAGGACUGCUCAAGAACAUUGUGAAUCUUUUAAAGGAGCGCCACAUAAAUCCUAUUCGACCCAUUAAGGUCUUCACGUCUGAUGCUAUCCUCGACGCUUUUCGGUACAUGCAGCAAGGCGUUCAUCUAGGCAAAAUCGUCGUGUCAAUGCGCAAUUAUGCCGGCCAAAUCUCUAUGGGAUUGAAGGUUCAGCGGCGGAAGAAGCCCACCCGCUUUGAUAUAUCCGGUUCGUAUCUGCUUGUAGGUGGCCUCGGAGGCUUGGGUCGCUCUAUCUCCACAUGGAUGGUAGAACACGGGGCUCGUCAUCUCAUCUAUCUUUCCCGAAGUGCGGGUUUAAAAAAGGAGCACGUGGAGUUUGCCGAAGAACUUACCAGCAUGGGUUGCCGCGUCGAUUUAGUUCACGGCAGCGUUUCUGAGCUUGACGAUGUGACCAAGGCUAUCGCACUGGCUCAAGGUCAGCUCAGGGGUAUCUUUCAAAUGUCCAUGAUACUUCGUGAUCAGAGCUUCCCCCGCAUGACAAUUAAGGACUGGAACACCGCCGUUGAUCCUAAGAUCAAAGGAACCUGGAACCUCCACAAUGCUUCCCUAUCCAUGCAUGCCGAGCUUGACUUCUUCAUUCUGUUCAGUUCUGUUUCCGGUCUCUUCGGGCAGCCUGGUCAAACAAACUAUGCUGGUGCAAACAGUUUUCUAGACGCCUUCUCUCAGUAUCGCUUGGGUCUGGGUUUGCCGGCUUGCGCCAUCCAGAUCGGUGCCGUUGAUGAAGUUGGAUACCUCUCUGAGCACGAGUCGCUCAUGCACAGGCUUAAGGUUUCCGAUGUCUUGGGUGGCACAGUAUCGGAGCGAGAGAUCCUCGAGGCAAUAGAGGCGGCCGUACAACCUUCCUUGAAUAAAUCACAACUCUGUGCCUCAAACAACUUCUGCCUUGGGCUUCGCUCAGGGGUGUCCCUGGGAACUUCCGGAAACCGUGCGCUCUGGAAGAAAGAUAUCCGAGCGGCCGUCUUCCAAAAUUAUGCAGAGGCCGAUAUUACGUCAGGCUCUACUUCUAGUGAAGGCUUGCAAUCCUUCCUAGCCAAAGCCAAGGGCGAUCCCGCUUUGCUUAGUCAGCCCGACUCUACUCACUUUCUCGCAGUCGAGAUCGGAAAGAGGGUGUUAAGCUACUUGUUAAAGCCAGAAGAAGACCUGCAGACGUCGUGCUCCCUAACUGAUCUGGGAAUAGAUUCACUGGUGGCCAUUGAGGUGAGACAAUGGUGGAAGACGACUUUUGGGUUCGAUAUCAGUGUGCUCGAAAUGAUGGGGAUGGGCAGUCUUGAUGCCCUCGGAGAGCACGCUGCUUAUGGAAUGCUGAAAUUGUUCCAUGGCAUUGAAGAGUAA